CCUCAACACUUGCAAAAUAUUCUUCACAGUUUUAAUCUUGGAAUCCUAAUAAUUCGUGUACGAUGAGACCAAAUAGUGCCUCAGACAUCGUGUUCUUCGACCUAGAAACCACCGUCCCCAAUCGAACCGGACAAAGAUUUCGCGUACUAGAGUUUGGAGCAAUCGUAGUUUGUCCGAGGAAUCUGGUCGAGCUGGAAAGCUACUGCACCCUGAUCAGGCCGGGGGACCUGUCGGUCGUCCCGGUGAGAUCAGGGCGGUCUGAUGGAAUAAUCCGUGAGGCUGUAGCCAAAGCGCCAUCGUUUGACGAAGUUGCUGACAAGAUUUUUGACAUUCUUGAUGGGAGAAUAUGGGCUGGCCACAACAUUCAACGGUUUGAUUGUGUUCGAAUUAGAGAAGCCUUUGGUGAGAUUAAUCGACCUGCACCAGAACCUGUUGGGAUAAUCGACUCGUUGGGAGUGCUCACACAAAAAUUUGGCAAGAGAGCUGGAAAUAUGAAGAUGGCAACAUUGGCUGAUUAUUUUGGUCUUGGCCAGCAGAAGCACAGGAGUUUGGAGGAUGUAAGAUUGAAUUUGGAAGUAUUAAAGCAUUGUGCAACUGUACUUCUGCUGGAAUCAAGCCUACCACCAAGUUUAUUGAAUGCACAAUGGCACAACAGCCCCAGUGUAACCACAAGAAGCAGGACUUUAUUGCAAUCAAAUCCCGAUACACUAAACAACAAGCCUUCACCAACCAGAGGAAAAUCAAACAACAAGGAAGAAACAAGCCGGAAAUCGCCUCCAUCAACAUCUUCUGCACAUCAUCAAAGGGCUAUGCCUUAUGCAAGACAAAGUCUUGGAAAGAUGACUGAUGGAGUGAGGAAUAUAUUGCGCUACGCCAAGAGCCGGCCGUUGAACGAUUUCUUUAAGCACUCACGAUCAGUGAUCCGUUGAACGAGAACGAAGGGAGAAAUAGUGAUUUUCCCAUAUUCUUUCAUUCUUUGGUCAUCUUGUAGAUAUAAACAACCUUUGUACAGUUCGGAAAUUGAUGAUAUCUACAUGUAUUGUAAUGUUUGUGUACAGUCCUAAACUAUGUUGUUUAGGGCUCUUCUUUAGUUGCUGCAA